AUGGAUCAAAAAAUAUAUGAAAAUUAUUUACAAAAUUCUUCAUCUUACCAUUCCUCAUCAUUACCAAUAACAAUUAGUACCGCAGCAGCCGCAACAACAACAACAACAACAACAACAACAACAACAACAACAGGGUCAUUCCCAUUAAAUAUCAUUGAUAAAUACAAUAAUACAAACACAUUAGUCACAACAUUAUUAUUAGCAGUUCUAAUCCCCAUAAUGGUAUAUUACAGAUCAAACAUCUCCUCAGCAUUACAUAACAAUAGUAACUAUGGUCCAUCAUCAUCAUCAGGUAACGGUGGUGGUGGUGGCAUCAUGCGUCGUUGGAUGCCUAGAAGUUCUCAAAUGGAUAGUAACGUCUUAAACCAUGGUGGAUAUAUCGCUGGUUUACUUAACGAUGGUAAUACAUGUUUUAUGAACUCUGUAUUACAAUCAUUGGCAUCUUCUAAGGAAUUAAUGGAUUUCUUAGACACCACUAUCAAACAAGAACAAGAACAAGAGCAAGAACAAGAGCAAGUUGGAGAUGAAAAAAAGGAAGAUGUGGAUAUUGGGUUCACUUUGUCAUUGAAUGAAUUAUUAAGUCAAUUGAAUGCAAAAUAUUAUAAGGAAAGACCAUAUUUUAAGACUAAUAAAUUAUUGAAAACUAUGAAAAAUGCACCUAAUAAAAAUAUGUUGCUUGGGUAUGAUCAAGAAGAUGCUCAAGAAUUUUUCCAAAAUAUUUUAUCUGAAUUAGAAAAGAAUUUGAAAUCAAUAUCAUCACAAAAUAACAAAGAAGAGGAAGAAGAGAAAAAGGAGCAGGAAAAAAAUUCUAAUGAAUGUGUUAAGAUAUUGAAGAAGGAUUUACCAAAGGAUGCUAUUAUUGGUCAAGAACAAUUAGGGAAAGUUGGUACUGUCUAUAUUCCUACUGAACAAAUUGAGCCAAAUACUUCAACAGCUUUACCUUCUUCUAACCCUCAAGAAAAACUAUAUACUCCAUUCAAAUUAAUAACUCCAUUAGAUGGGAUUUCUGCAGAAAGAAUCGGUUGUUUACAAUGUGGUGAAAAUGGUGGGAUUAGAUAUUCUGUAUUUUCAGGACUAAGUUUAAAUUUACCUAACGAAAAUAUCGGUAUGACAUUAAAAUUAUCAAACUUAUUAAAUGAAUGGAUAAAACCAGAAAUUAUUGAUGGUGUAGAAUGUAACCGUUGUGCAUUAGAAGCUAUCAAAUCUCAUUUACUUGAUCAAUUAGAACAAUAUCACAAUAAUAGUACAGAGAUCCCACAAAAAUUAAUUGAUGCUGUCAAAGAUAGAGUUGAAUGUUUACAAAAGAUAUUAUCAAAACCAGUUAUUGAUGAGGAAGAUUAUAAAAAAUUACACACUGAAAAUAUGGUACGUAAAUGUUCUAAAUCAAAGCAAAUCUUAAUAUCUAGGCCUCCCCCUUUAUUGUCCAUUCAUAUUAAUAGAUCUGUUUUCGAUGUUAGAACUUAUCAAAUUAGGAAAAAUAAUUCAAGAGUGCUCUUUAAAUCGAAAUUGAAUUUAGAACCAUGGACAUGUGAUAUCGAUGAGAUUAAUUUGGAUGCAAGAUUACCAAUGUCAAAGAAAGAGUCAUCAUUAGGUCAGGAUGAAUUUAGUGAAGACGAUGAAGCAACCACUAAUGGUGAGUAUUAUAAUAGAUUGCAUCAAAAGUAUCAACAAGAAUUUGAAGAUAGUAGUGAUGAAGAUGAUGAUAGUGAUGAUAAUGAAAUCUAUUCAAUGGAUAAUAAUAGAAGAAGGACGAGAAAAGACGUUAGAAAUUAUGAUCCAUUAAAUGGGGAAAUUGAAGAUUCAUCAUCUGUUUAUUCUAGUGCUGAUGAAAAGGAUACUCAUGAUUCCAUUGAAGAAACCGAUUCGUUAGGAAAUACUAUUCGUAAGAGGGUUAUCAAACAAGAAACCUUUGAAAGAGCUGAAGAUUCUAUUGAAAAAGAAAAUGAAGGAGCAGAAGCAAACCAUGAUGAUGAUAAUGACGAUAAUAACGACGAGCAAGAACAUAAGGGUAACAAUGACGAUGAAUUACCCUCUUCUUCUCCAUUGGCAGCAUCUGAAGAAGAAGAAGAUGGUGAAGUUCAAGAAACAUCUUUAUCACCAUCUGGUGCUAUCCCACAAACAAUUAGAAAGAAGUUUGAUUCUACGCCAAUUGGUCCAUUAACUUAUUCAUUACGUUCAGUUAUCGUUCAUUAUGGUACUCAUAACUAUGGUCAUUAUAUUGCCUUUAGAAAAUAUAGAGGUGUUUGGUGGAGGAUUUCUGAUGAAACAGUUUAUAUUGUUGACGAAGCAGAAGUUCUUUCUACUCCAGGUGUUUUUAUGUUAUUUUAUGAAUAUGAUUAUGAUGAAAUUACAGGGAAAUUGAAGGAUGAUUUAGGAUUAGGUGAUGAAGAUAUUGAUAUUGAGAUGGAAACUCCUGAAAACAAUGAUAUGGAUGUUGUUGUGGAAAAUGAAAGUGAAGAUGAAAAUGAAGAAGAGCUAAUGGAAGAAAAAGAACAAAGACAACAGCAAGAAGAAGAAGAAGAAGAAGUAGCAGCUGAAAAGGAAGAUGAGGUGCUGGAACCAAUAGAUUAA